AUGAGUGAUCCUUACGGAAGCAUGUGUUUCUCCACGCGCAUCGAGCUGGUCGGGGUGACCUGCAUGGCGGGCAUGGUGGUUCGCUUCAUGGGCAUCGACAUCAUCGUGGACGAGGACAUAGGAUGCUCCAUAUCCUGGUUUUUACCUGCAGUAGAUAUCGGCAGCUUUAAGCUGUUUGGAGAACUGGUCGAAGGAGGGCCGUUGGCCAUGGAGGCCAACGAGAUGGCCAUGGAGGCCAACGAGAUGGCCAUGGCAUGCUAUGCAGCGCUUCUCGUGCCUGAACCGUGA